UCUCUGUGGUAGCGCCGGCCUUGCCGGUGGCGGAGUGGGCUGAGGAGGAACGAGGCCGCCACGCUUCCUGUUCACCUGUGAGAGCUCGGCCGAGGCGGGUAGUCAUGUCCGAGAAGAAGCAGCCGGCAGACCUGGGUCUCCUCGAGGAGGACGACGAGUUCGAGGAGUUCCCCGCCGAAGACUGGGCUGGCCUGGAUGAAGAUGAAGAUGCGCAUGUCUGGGAGGAUAACUGGGAUGAUGACAAUGUGGAGGAUGACUUCUCCAACCAGCUGCGAGCUGAGCUGGAGAAGCAUGGUUUUAAGAUGGAGACUUCAUAACCCUCAGAAGUGUUGAAGUAACCUGAACGAACUGUUGACUUAACUCUAGAAUGGAGAUCCCAGGGUGGAAUACUUAAAAAAAUGUUUAUUUCAGUAUCUACUUAUAUUAUUUUUUUUAAGUACACACACA